GGCAUACAUGUUUUGGAUUAAGGAAGAAAUGUCCAGUACAUACUUAUAACAUCCAGUGAUUUAAUACAACAGUGGACAUAAUGGCAAAAAAGUGGGUGAACUAUGACCCACAGACAGUGAUCUUCAUUUAUUUAAAAAAUAAUAGAUAAUAUGUGUUUAAAAAAGACAGUGUAGUAACUUUACCAUCCAAAUCUUUAACGCUUAUUGGGGGGUUAAUUUUUUAUUCUCACGCUUAUCUGUAUUCCGUCAAAGUUUCACAUAAGAAGCAACUGACAUAAAAGCGAUCUCCGGCUAUUUCAGCCAGUGAAACCAAGAGUACGAUCGAUGUGAGCUUGUUCCUCUUUUCACCAACUCAGUCAGAUGCGCACAGCUCAAACUUCCUCGUACAAGACCAGUGCGUUGCGCUCUGUCCUCCCGUAUCUGCAACCUAUCCACAAAGAAAACGACUGCAAAGGGAUGGAACCUACAUAAAAGACAUGAGGACUAUUCUUUACACGGCCAUCCGAAUCUAGAAGAUCACAUACAACCGCAGAAAUAAUAGUAGAAGUGACUGGUUGAAGCGCGAAAGCACCAUGGGCUGUGUGGGCACAAAGGAGCAGGAGUCGCUCAGCAAGGGGACGGGUAAUGACGAGCUGCAGAACCGUGCACAGACGGCCCACUAUGUCAAAGACCCCACCGCAGGAAACUCCGGGAGCAAAGCUAGCAAAAUGCCAUCCAAUGCAACCUCUUCAGAAGGAGAGAGUAUUGCCAUGGCACUGUACGACUAUGAGGCCAUUCAUGAAGGAGACCUGGGCUUCAAGAAGGGAGAUAAGCUCCGAAUCUUAACGGAGUCGGGGGAGUGGUGGAGAGCUAUGUUAAUCAGUACAGGUCAGGAAGGCUUCAUCCCCAGUAAUUAUGUAGCCAAAGAUACUCUGGAGGCAGAGGAGUGGUUCUUUAAGGGUGUGAGCAGGAAAGAUGCUGAGAGGCAGCUGCUGGCCCCUGGGAACAAAAUGGGAUCCUUCAUGAUCCGAGACAGUGAGACCACCCAGGGCAGUUACUCUCUGUCUGUCAGGGAUAGCGAUCAGUCCGGUGACACAGUAAAACAUUAUAAGAUCCGUACACUGGACAACGGAGGAUUCUACAUCUCUCCCCGCAACACCUUCAUCACCCUGCAGGAGCUGGUCAGCCAUUACAAGAAGCAGGGAGACGGCCUCUGCCAAACCCUGACCAACCCAUGCCUGAGCCCCAAACCUGAGAAGCCAUGGGAGAAAGAUGCCUGGGAAAUCCCAAGAUCAUCGCUCAAACUGGAUAAGAAGCUCGGUGCCGGCCAGUUUGGAGAAGUCUGGAUGGCUACGUACAAUAAGCACACCAAAGUAGCAGUGAAGACCAUGAAGCCUGGCAGCAUGUCAGUUGAAGCCUUCAUGGCCGAGGCCAACCUGAUGAAGACUCUACAGCACGACAAACUGGUCCGACUCCACGCUGUGGUCACCAAGGAGGAGCCUAUCUAUAUCAUCACUGAGUACAUGGAGAAAGGUAGUCUAUUAGACUUCAUAAAGAGUGAUGAGGGCAACCGUGUCCAGCUCCCCAAGCUCAUUGACUUCUCUGCCCAGACUGCAGAGGGCAUGGCCUUCAUUGAGCAGAGGAACUACAUCCACAGAGACCUGAGAGCUGCCAACAUCCUGGUCAAUAAGGCUUUAGUGUGCAAAAUUGCUGACUUUGGCCUUGCUCGUAUCAUUGAGGAUAACGAGUACACAGCCAGGGAAGGAGCCAAAUUCCCCAUCAAAUGGACUGCCCCUGAGGCCAUCAACUACGGCUCUUUCACCAUCAAAUCUGACGUCUGGUCCUUUGGCAUCUUGCUGACUGAGAUUAUCAGCUAUGGACGCACACCAUACCCAGGGAUGACCAACCCAGAAGUGAUCCGUGCUCUGGAGAAGGGCUACCGGAUGCAGCGCCUGGAGAGCUGUCCCAAGGAACUCUAUGAAAUCAUGCUGGAGUGCUGGAAGAACAAGCCUGAGGACCGUCCCACCUUUGAUUACCUGCAGAGUGUCCUGGAGGAUUUCUACACAGCCACAGAGAGCCAGUAUCAGCAGCAGCCAUGAGAUUUAACAUCCACAGACAUGUUUUCUCUUACAGUACUGUUUCAUUCAUACUUUACAGCAAGUCCAGUUUCUACAUGCAGCAGUGCAGUUCAGAGCACACACACACAUGCUCUCUCUUUACCAUUCUCUCUCUGUCUGUCUCUCUUUCUCUUUCUCAUUCACACACGCAUAAUGUAUAGUAAGAAGGGACUGUAUAAAAAUUAUUGGGGAGACUUGAAACUUCUAUUUUAUUUUUUUAGAAGCUAGGCCCUACCUAACAUUUUAAAUAUUUUCAUUGGGCCCUCCUCCAUUUGAAUUAUAAAAUUUGAAAGAAAUAUAACCACAAUAUAGCGAUUAAGAAAAGCAAGAUAAAAAAAACAAUAUAUUAUAACAAAACAAUCCUACCUCAUACUUAGGUCAGGGGCACAGUACAACAGAUGCUGUCUGCUUGGUUAUAGGCUAACAUGACCACAGCUGCAUCAGUUAUACUGGAUAUCUAUCUUCACAAAACUGAUCAUCAUAUGGAUGCACACCAGCAGCAGUUUUGUAAAUCACUGGACCUAUACAGUAGAUAUCAGUAAAUAUGUGCAGACAGAUAUGUGAGUUAGUUAUAUCUUCAGCCUCUUAUGUGAAAAAUGACACGCAAAAGAAUGCUUCAUAUAAUUUAUUUUUACUUUAUUGUACUGAUUUUGUUUUACUACAGAUGGCACACAUGGAUCACUGUAUUGCAAGAUAAAGCUGCACAUCAUUAUGCACAGAAAACACGUGACCUGACAUUUAAUGCAUUUCUCUAUCUAGAGAUAAAUGCAGGUAACGAGUCGGAUGAAUUACUGAGCUGUGUGGGGUGGGUUGCAAAACUGGAUCUGUGCAAGACUCAUCUCUACAUGUAUAUGUGAAAAAAGCAAGUGUGCUUGGAGAAGCCCUGCCAGUGCGCAGGCAAGGACAGCAAGAUUGGGUACCUGGUACAAAUUUGCAAGGGUAGGCUGAAAUAAAACAAAUCCGGGGGGAAAACAGUGUGCUGUAAAUACUUCUUAAUAAUUUUUCCUAAACAAAAAGAAAAGUUAAAUACUGUAACCUUCCCACUUUUCUUUCCUCACCCCCUUAUAAUUUUUGUACAGUCCCUAACAUUCAAACACCUUUGAAGGUGUUCUACAUAACAGUACAGUAUGUAGGAGGCUGUGCUAUAGAGUAAAUCCUAUUGUAAAAGCAUGACUGUCUCACACACAAAAUAUUAUUUUACACAAGUACAAAGACACAUUGCUAUAUUCUCAGACAAGUGAUUGUAGGCCACCUGAGAGCAGUCCCAUGGAAAAGACUGCAUUUAGUUGUUGUGCUCCAGCAAACAUUGUGCAUCAAUCAAAGGAAGGUAUAACCGCAACACAGAUGUUGUUCACAGUAAAAUAUGUGCAGUGUUCAGCUCUGAUAUUACUGUGCUGAUGUCAACAAUUCAGAAAGCAAAGCUUCCAUUAUCCACUCCCCUUCUGUUAAAUGUACAGUGUUUAACAUUGUGAAAGGACAGCAGGUACUGUGGACUUUGCAAAGUGCAAGAUAUAUGGCUGAUUAUGCUUAAAUCCUCUAUUCAUAUGCCAUAGCUAUUUUCCAUUAUGAUGUGGCUUGUUUCAGCAUUACUCCUUCAUUGUGCCUUUUUCAGUGUUUGUUUCUUCUUUCGCACUUAAAGGGACAGUUCACCGCUAAAUCACAAAUACAGUGGAACAAGCCGAGUGCCAUAUAGUUCAGUUAUAUUCAAAAAAUGCAGACAUCUCUACAGCCGAUAUCUCCAAAACUCGGCAACUCACACCGAAACAAUCUCGAUGGAUGAAUAGCACUACAGGUAAGAGGAAAAAUAUGUAGUUUUGAUUUUGGGGUGAACUGUCCCGUUAACAUUUAUUAUAUAUUCCAUACACUCUGUAUAUAUAAACUGGUGUAUAUGAAUAAAUACACUUAUUCAGGAAAAGAGUCUUUGAUGUAAAGCCAUAUUAACUAAUAAUUCUUGUUUAUCCUUUUGGUCCAUUAAACUUGUGUUCUGUAUUUGGGAACUAAAUGAAAAAGCAGUGCAUAUAGAUUUUCGCAUUUUUUGGCCUUCUUUGUAUGAAAAAAUAAUUUAUUGGUGGAAAUAAUACUGCUCUGGAUAUCAGUGUAUCUUGAAUGGAAUGAUCUUUCCAAAUGUAAAAGCUUUUACUAUCAUUUUUUUUAGUGAAGGACUCAUGACUUGUAUUUUAAUAUAUGAUUUGUGAUAAUGUGUUUAUCAUAUUGUUGGAAAUAAUGUGUUUUGUCGACCAAAAGGAAGGGAAAGGGAAUAUUCUCAAGUAUUUAAGAUUUCAUCAAUUUGUCAUUUCAUGAUUUGGUCAAGAAAGGUGAUAUGUGACAAUAGUGAAUCAGUGCCCAGCACUAUACAUAUAGGCCUAUUCAUAGGGUUACGAAUGUUUUUGUGUUUUUCUUUAACAAUAUAAGUCCCUUUGCAUAUAUUGUUAGAUACUUGGUUCAAUGCAACUGUGGUGAAAAUUUUCAAAUAAAUUGUCUUAGAAACAA